ACAAGCCCAGGCCAAGAUGCUGCUGCUGCCGCUGCUGCUGGCGCUGAGCGCGGCGCCCGGCCGGGCGACCGUCCACGUCAACCUCACCGAAGGCUGCCAGAUCAUCCACCCGCCGCGGGACGGGGGGAUCCGGUACCGGGGUUUGACCCCCGAGGAGGUGCAGAGCGUGCGCUUCCUGCCCUUCGACUACGAGAUCGAGUACGUCUGUCGGCCCGACCGCGAGAUCGUGGGGCCCAAAGUGCGCAAGUGCCAGCGCGACGGCACCUGGACCGCCAUGGGCCACCCCAGCCGCUGCCUGAGGACCUGUCCCAAGAUGCACCUGAGCUUGGAGAACGGGCAGGCGGUGGCGCGGGCCAUGGAGCGGGUGCCGGUGGAGGGGACAUGGACCGAGUACAGCUGCAACCCCGGGUUCCGCCUGGUGGGCAGCGCCCGCAGUAACUGCACCAAGUUGGGGCGCUGGAGCACCCCCAAACCCGUCUGCGAGCUGCGUCGCCCUCUCUCAGGUGAGUGUGGCCCCAUGUCCCCGCCCCCCAUGUCCCCCCCCCCCCCGUCCCCCCCCCCCCCGCCGCCACAUCCUCCUGCCCCACACCCCCCCCGGCCCCGGGACCCCGCGGGACCCCCCCAUCCAACCCCACACGGCUUCGUGGGGCAGGAGGCCCCUUCCUCCAGCCUUCAUCCCUCCCUCCUCCCCCUCUUCCUCUUCCU